AGUACAGUAGAGUCUCACUUAUCCAACAUAAACAGGCCGGCAGAACGUUGGAUAAGCAAAUAUGUUGGAUAAUAAGGAGGUGUCAGAACCCUGCUACUAGAGCCUGGAUGUGGCUCUGAGUUUCAGGGUCACUGACAUUGAUAAGACACCUGCGUCCCAGGACUCGGAGGAGAAACGGCUGCUGGACUUGGCGGGGAAUUUGCGCGGGGUUUUACUGAGCGGGAAGAGACUGUUCAAAUGAGGGGGAGGGUAUAUAAAGGAGGGUUGGCCGGAGCCUCCCAUUCUUGGCUUUUCUGAUGUUCAUGUUUCCUACAGUAAAAGUUUCUGGUGAUAUCACAGAGAGUCUUGUGUGUUCAUUCAGGAGCGGCUGUGGUGAGCUGACACUAAGCCAAGAAUACGGACACCAUCCCGCUGUAGCGGUGAGGUGUAACAUGCAAGUGGAGGAUGAAGAGCUCUUGGGCGCCGGAGGAGGAAGGUCGGAAAGGGCCACUCCCGAGACGGACGCUGAGUUCCACCAGCUGGCGGCCCUGGCGUCAUCCACCGCUUAUGCCCAGCCAAAUGGGGUAACCCAGAGGCGUGGAGUGGUGCGGGGAGACAGCACCGGAGGAGAGGAAGGUUCACCUUCCCCAGGCCCGCAAAAGAUGGUGUUUCUGGAGGAGAGGAUGUCGGCGAUGGAGACCACCCUGGCAGUGAUGUCGAGGGCGAUGGAGCGCCUGGCGGUUUUGGCGGAGCCGGAGCGAGGAAGGGAACUCCGGGCUAGCUCAAUGUGGGACGUGAGCAUGGGAAGCAGCCAGGGCUUUGCAGACCUCCCAGCACCGAAGGGAAGGGAAAUGCGAAAGGAGCCCGGUGCCCGGCCCAAGAUCCAAACGAGCCUGACGCGGGUGGAGGAGAGUGACGACGAAGGGGAAAAGCCUCCGAGAAUCCCGGCUACGCUCCCAACUGAGACCCUGGUGCCCCUGGCGAAUGCCGGGCGUGGCACAGGACAAAGGGAAGCAGCAGCGGGGCCCACUGGCCCGCAAGGGGGCUUGCGACGGGCGGAGGAUUGGGGAUUGCCACCACAGGGACCCCUACCGAGACGAGAGGAACUAAGGAUCGAGUUUGGGGGAGAGUCCUCUGAACUGGAUUUUUUCCUGACCACGGUGAGGGGCUAUAUGGAGGACAAUGCCCACACUUUCAGAACGGAAUCCAGCCGGGUACGGGCCAUUGGUGCAGUGUUGAAGAGGGGAGCGGCCAGCUGGUACGUUCAACUACACGCGCGGCGCGACCCAUGUCUGGGGUCACUCCGACGCUUUAUGGGGGCCCUGGAGACCCGUUUCCGAGAUCCACUGGAGCAGAUCCGGGCGAGGGAGGAGUUGAAGACCGUCUCCCAGGGGCAGAGGUCGGUAUCUGAGUAUGCGGAGGAGUUCCAAUGCCUCGCUGAAAAGGUGCCGGAAUGGUCUGCAGUGACAAAGAUAGAACUCUUCAAAGAGGGGCUCAGGCGGGAGAUCCUCUCCUGGGCGGUGCAUCGUGAUGAGCCUGACACACUGCGCGGAUGGAUUCAGCUGGCGGGGCGCGUCGAGACAUCGCUGGCCCAGGCGAGGAGGCACCGAGGAGGGCUACAGCAGCGGCCGCAGAUGAAAGAGGGGAGCCGGAAGGAGGGAUCAACCCCAGCCGGAAGGAGAACGGAGCCGCCAGGGAACGUGAGCACCAGCAGGAGGGGCUGCUUCGUGUGCGGCCGUUUGGGCCACAGGGCUGCCGAGUGCUGGCAGAGAAAAGGGGAAGGCGGAGGCCCGCCCAAACCAAGAGCCGUGGCAGGGAAACGCGCCGAGGAAGAACCACCGACGAGGCACCACUCGGGGGGGUUGGACGAAGGGGAGGAGGACGCCAUGUCAGAACCCUGCUACUAGAGCCUGGAUGUGGCUCUGAGUUUCAGGGUCACUGACAUUGAUAAGACACCUGCGUCCCAGGACUCGGAGGAGAAACGGCUGCUGGACUUGGCGGGGAAUUUGCGCGGGGUUUUACUGAGCGGGAAGAGACUGUUCAAAUGAGGGGGAGGGUAUAUAAAGGAGGGUUGGCCGGAGCCUCCCAUUCUUGGCUUUUCUGAUGUUCAUGUUUCCUACAGUAAAAGUUUCUGGUGAUAUCACAGAGAGUCUUGUGUGUUCAUUCAGGAGCGGCUGUGGUGAGCUGACA